AUGGGAGCGUCUUUAUGUCUUGCCGUGAGGAAAAAGAAAAAGAUGGCGAAGGAGAUCAUUGCCUUGCCGGACAUCCCUGAGCAAAUGUUGAUCGAGAUUCUGAUAAGACUGCCGGCGAAAUCUCUCAUGAGAUACAAAUGCGUCUCAAAGCUUUGGCUUUCCCUUAUCAUCUCUCCAUACUUCACCAACCUAUUCCUUAGAUCCUCACCACGCCGACGUUUGUUCGCGUAUAUAGUGGAUGAAAGACACAGGAUCGGCAAGUAUGCCUUGCUCACAUCAUCAUCAUCAUCAUCAUCGAGUCAUGAUCAGUCAGUCGUCUCAGUGAUCGACCAAAAUCUGACUAUACGGAUAAUAAAAGGCUACUUUGUGAACGCUGUUCGUGGCUUGGCGUGUUUCAGAGCUGGGAGAAGAGUGCAAAUAUGUAACCUUCACACGAGGCAGCUUGUGAAAUUGCUUAUUAUAAGAUCUCAAGUAAAAGGUAAGAACGUGUGGAACUAUUUCGGACAUGAUCCUGUUCAUGAUGUAUACAAAGUGCUUAGCCUGGUUUGGGAGUUCACUAAGGACCAUAGAGUGAGGUUAGAACAUCAUUUGUUGGUACUUGGAGAUGGAGCAUUAUGGAAAAAGACUCAAUGCCUAUGUUAG